AAUAUAACUUUCACCAACGUCAUUUACGGUGUUGGUGCUAGCAACUGCGGCAUACAAUUUGCUGCAUCAUGAAAUUACGUCUUUCUUAUUUCCUGUACCCUUAUGUCACUCCCUAUGCAAGACGAAAGGUCAUGAGGUAAACGCAUUGGCGAAUUUAUCACUAGCAGAUUGAGAAAUAAACUACUAGGGCCAGGCAACGUUGAGGACGCCAUGUCUCCUCCUCAUAGCGAUACCCGCGCUGGUGGUAUUGUAUUCGUUGCCGUCGUAUUGGCUACCAAACAUGCGUGAGAGUGUAUACGUGCCUUUGUUUGUCUGGUGCUCUACUGGCGGGCCAAUAUUUUGCUAUCGUAGUGAGCUGUGUUUCAGAACGACCGUGGCAACUGCAUAUUAGUAGUGUUACCGUGCAGUGGUGAAAAAUACAGUGCACAAAAAAUGGUUCAAGCGUGGCGAGGGCAAUCGGUUUAAAGCCCAACGCCUACUGCGAGUGCUGUGUUUAGUGUAUCCCCUGCCUGGCAGGAAGAUUAUUUAAAGCGUCUUACCCAUACCCACACCCAACAUGGAUCAGCAGCAUCCGCUACUGAUCGAUAGCGAAAACAUCCACGACAGUGGCAUCAUUGAGGAUGUACACCAGGAAUCGGAGGACACCGGAAACGAGGAUUACGGUGAUGAAAGCAACCUCGAGUCGAACCUGCGCCGGCGGAAGGGAAAAAUUAUUUCCUGUGUCGAAAAUGCAUCAAGAUUAAUACGGAGACGUGUGCCUUGUGCCGGCCAUUUGAUGACACCCCGUCGGCUAUGGCUGAACAAAAUUCCAACCCAGUGUGACGUAGUGAUUGAAUUUACAGAAGACGCCCCAGACGAUGCGCUACGAUGGCUACUAAACAGGAUCAAGGCAAACCCUCCCGAAGGACUGGGACUGUCAGCGAUGGUACGAGCGCACGAAAGCACAAAACGAACCGCAUUCUAUAUUACCGCCCCAAUGAAUGUAUUAUUCAAGGCGGCCGAAGAUGCUCGCCUGCCAAAGCGACUGCGAACCGACCUCGGUGGCGCAUUGAAGGAGUUCACCAAACGGGAAAGUCAUUGCUUCGCCCAAUCGAAGGACAACGAGGGUGCCAACAGUCUCUUCACGUCCCAGGAACGGCAAUGGCUCGUGCUACAGGUACUGCAGGGUUUGCGAGCGGGGACGCUCGAUCUAAAAGCACUGCAAGGCAGGGCGCAGGUCGAGGAGGGACAAAGCAUCGUGGCCGCCUGGCAGGAGCUAGGCCUAAUAACGCAGGUUUUUCCGCUCCACGAGACUACCGCCUUGCAGCAGCUACAAUCCAGCUGGGUACGGAAAUUCUUCGCACCGCAGCCCCUAGACGACAUAGCGGCAUACUUUGGAGUUAAAGUGGCGCUCUACUUUGCCUGGUUGGGACACUACACCUGUGCACUGUGCGUACCAGCCGUCCUGGGAACGAUUCUGUACGCUGGGCUUUGGGGUCGAGGACAGACGGCUCAAGACAUUGGACACGUCAUUUUCUCGCUUUUCAACGUUGCCUGGGCGUCACUUUACCUGGAAGCGUGGAGGCGGUACUCGGUCGAGCUGGCUUUCCGCUGGGGCACAUUGUCAACGCCGCCCGAGCUGCUAGAACCGCCGCGGCCACUGUACAAGGGGCCACUCGAGGAAAGUUCCGUGACUGGACGGUUGGAGCCGAAGGAAGCACCGGCCUGGCAACGGCGAGCCUUCCGUUAUCUAGUUAGCUUUCCAAUUAUAGGCCUCUGCCUGGUGUUGGUGUUUGUUGUGAUGUUCCUGAUGUUGAGACUGCAGGAUUGGCUCGAUCAACACUUACCCUAUAGCAGUGCUGGCCUGUGGGAGUGCAUGUGCAUAGUGUCUCAGGACUGGUGGGAUGCAAAGCUGCCGGAGCAGGGCGUUUUCAGCUGUUUGAGUGUUAUUCCAAAGGUCCUGCUAGCAGGCGCCAUUACACUAAUGGACGAAGCGUACUACAAGCUCGCCGUCUGGCUGAACGAUAAAGAGAACUAUCGGCUGCAGUCGAAGUAUGAAAAUCAUCUCAUCGCCAAGGUGGCCCUUUUCCAGUUUGUCAACAGCUUUCUUUCGCUCUUUUACAUCGCCUUUUACCUGCGCGAUCAGGACAAACUCAAGGAGCAACUGGCUGGGUUGCUGAUAUCGCGGCAAAUUAUCGGUAAUCUACGCGAGUCAGCCUGGCCGUACUUGGUGGAGCAAUGGCGCCUGGCGAAACUAAGCUUCAAAAUGUGGGGUGCCCUCAGCCCAACGCAGGAGCAUCCUCCUAAUGUUGCGUCCUCUGCUUCCACCAGCACCAGCGCAUUGACGGUGGGCUCCGGUGAUGGGAAGCCGCUCGAUGAAGGGAAAAGCCCCUCCGAGUUCUCCUCUUCCUCAACUCCGCCGAAACGAUCAAUCGGGCAGGCAGAAGUUGAAAGCUCGCUGUACAAGUACGAUGGUACAUUUUCCGACCAUCUGGAAAUGUUAGUUCAAAUGGGUUAUGUAGUGCUGUUUUCUGCCGCAUUCCCUCUCGCUGGACUGUGCGCUUUGGCUAACAAUCUGCUCGAAAUCCGUUCCGAUGCAUUCAAACUGGCGCAUGUACACCAGCGUCCAUUUGGUCAACGUGUAGCAAAUAUCGGCACCUGGCAGAACGCGCUUGGUAUGCUCGGUCUGGCUGCGGUUAUCGUUAACUGUGCCCUGAUUGGACUCUCGGGCCAAGUGUCUCGUCUAUGGCCUGGCCUUACCUCCACCCAGACGGUCAUUUUGAUCGUGGCGCUCGAGCACAUCAUGCUUGGAUUGCGGUCCGCGUUGACGUGGCUACUGCCCGAGCUACCUUCCUGGCUUGCAGCCGAAAUCGCCCGUGCCGAACACUGUCGACGGGAAAUGCAAUGCAAAGGACCCUCCCCGCGACAAACGCCUCCCUCACCACCAUCCUCUACUUCCAUCUCGCACCAUGAUCAGGACUUCAACAGCAAUCAGGACAUUUUCGACAAAACUGAACAGUCCGUUGGCAGAUUUCACAUAUCUCCUAGUCAUGACAAUAACCCAGACAGUGGUGAGCUAGAGCGAGCUGCCAAGCUGGAUAACCUCGGUAUUCACCCGACUUCUCCCGCCGCUCAACAAAUGCGCCAAGAACAGCAGCUACAGCAGCAGCAGCAACACCACCACCACCAUCACCAUCAACAACAGCACAAAAACUCCCAGAGCAGUUGCGAUAAUAUGGACAUUUUUGCCAUGGACACGCGCGAUGUUUCGCCCGAUUCGCCGAUCUCUCAGGGAACACACAAAACGGAGAGUGAUUUGGAGCGAUUGGACCAACGAUUGGUGGAUGGUAGCAAAAACCGAACGAAACAGAGCAUGAGAAGCAUGUACGGCCCAAAUCACUCGCGUCCGUCAAGUGCAUGUCUUAAGCAGCCAAGCAUUAAGCUCGCCGACAUACCACCCUUCCGAGGACAAGCGAUGAAGCACAGCUGUAGUAUUUACGAUAAGCGAAGCAUCAACCUUGGUGAAAUAUCGCAAAGCCCACGGAUUGCCUCGAAACCGAUCCAGAUUCCAGAAAUUCCUCCGUUCCGCAAGCAGGCACACUCCACGAUGCACUCGCCCGUCAACCAGAGCCCACAGAACCCCGCCCACAUGUCGUCCGCGAACCCGUCGCCGCCGCGGAUCGCCGAAAUUCCACCGUUCCGGCCGCGCAACCGUUCCAAGGAAUGGAUGCCCAACAUCGAGGUGGGUCGACUGAAGCACACCGAGCACCAUCUCACGAUUGGGCCGAGCGGAGGGGCCGAAUGGGCAAAACGCUUGAAGGCAGCCGAUCCUUCCAUCAUUCACAGAAGUACCGACUGUAUUGUAGCGAAGCAACAAGAGCUCGCUACCGGUUCCGACUCGGAGCUGCUGAAACCAGCACCAUCCUGGACGAACGUGGCGAGCAAAGCCGGCGAUCAGCAACCGGGAACGAGCAACAGUGCUCCAUCAGUAAAAGCCCCUACGGAAGAAGAAGCCAAAGCGGCCGAGCUCGCCGCCAAAAAGUCGCGCCUAAAGCAAAGCCUCGUGAAGCGGGCCCGCUCAGUAGCUAUUUUCUCAUUAAAGCUGAAGGAACAGCGAGCAAAACGCGCUGAAAAGAUGGCCCUUGAGGCGUUGGAAGCAUUGCCUGCUCCACCACCCGGAGGUGAACUGUCGCUAAUACCGAUCGAGCAGCUGAUCCAAGUGGAUGAUGUUUUGAGUCAACGAAACCAUGGAAACACCUCCAGCCACAACAAUGGGCACUCGUAAGCUUCACCGGAUCACGACUACGUCUGUACAAACCUGCUUCGAAGAUAUCCUUGUAUCCUUAACACUGAAUCAAAACCUACAACUAUUAUACCAGAGUGACAGUCUCCCUUAUCUUCUAAUAGCAUAGAUUAGUGCAGUUAGUGCAAUACCUUAGUAUGAAAGCCCUGUUCAAACACUUUCGAUUUGUUUCAACGUCUAAACGCAUAAAACACAACACUUUACAUCGUCGUUACUUAUUUCCCUUACCCGAAGCAAGAGAGAAGAUGUCGCGAGAGAAGAUGCAUCCUACGACGAAAUCCUAGGACACUGUUGCAAUGCAUCUUCCAUUUGUAGCGUACAUCUAAUUACUCUUACCAUUGUUGCAAAACUUUGAAAGUAACAGGAAUUAAAUUUACAAAAUAUUAUUUUGCUACAGCAUUAUACCUACACAUCAACUGGUCAGCAUUUACGUUUCAAAAUCAUACGCUUCUGAUAAAGUACAACUGAACGAGAUACCGAAAUAGUUGUGAUUGAGAGUUAUUUGCAGUGAAAAUUGAAGGAUAGCAGUCCGAUGCAGUGUGCAUAGCAUAUAGUUUGCUGCUUUACAAUGUGUACUAGCCACAUACUUACUGCCUUUCGUUUUGCUACAACAUAUUAUAUUUAUAGAAGGUUGUACUUGAGCUUUAUUUACAGCAAGUAGUUACGUACGCUUAGAGAACGAGGGAAGUGCUACCGAGGUGAACAAUAAUCAACCAAUCAAUGUUGCGUAUCAGCUACAUGUAUGCUUCAAUCACGGAAAAAGCUUUAGUCUUAACCUAGGUUCAAUUAGAUCUCGGUCCGGUCAGGCCCGCGUGUGCAAAAAAAAACCAUCCCACAAACAGUACGAUCAGGUUGAUCGUUCGUUGCCGAGCUGAUCGGAUCGCUUUUCAGUACAAAUCGUUACACAAUCUCAAUACUCCAUGGAAACAGCAAUCCGUCUUGUCAAUUAAGAAAUUAUGCACUCCCGUCCAGCACGGGAUCGGUUUUACGGAUAACACAAUAACCAGAUGGGAAGGUUUUUACAAGCCCGACUCAACAGUAAUCCACCCACAGACAAACAAAUCAUACAAAAAUGUUGACAAUGGUUACAAACCUACACUAUGCGUAGCGUUACAGCACUAAACUGAACACUGAUUAUCGAACACCAGAAUCAAAAUAAAAAUGGCAUCGAAUCAAAACACUCCACAGUUACAACGUUACAGCGUGAUCGUUACACUAUGAAGGUACGACCAGCAUUGCGCAUUUAACUUUCACACUCUCUACCACUUACUUUAUGCUGCUCUUGCCUAUCGCUCAUCAACGCUAGCUUGCACCAUCUUUGCUCCCUUUCGACGUGAGCGCUAUUCACACUAUCAAUAUAUAAACUAAUAAAUACAUGGAAAAACUGCAAAACAAAACUCAUUGAAAAAAGCUAUAAAAGCUAUCAAAUCUGACAAAAUUCUAAAGUUUUCAAACUUAGCUGUAAAUCGUAAUCGUAGCAUUAAUGAUGCCGUUUGUACAGUUACACGCAUAUGCGCUGUUUUGUUGCUGUCAUACGCAACGCGUAGGGAUUGUUGAGCGUGUUUUCUUUUAUCAUACAAAAUUAAAAUCAACUCGAAAUGUGAGACGGUUUUGCAUAGAUCGGUGAGGCAGGUUGGUUUUUGGACUGAAUGUGUGAUUUGCUGCAAUGUGCAAUGGAGCUGGAAAUUAAAGGUCAUACACGUGCGAGAAACAAUGGAAUGAACCAAAAUGAGAUCCGUGGUGACGAUGGUUCGUCAUCUACUGAGAGUCAAAUAAAUCAUUAGCGGGUUUUGCAUUUAGCUUUCGCCAAAGUAUGAUGUACAUGUUGUCAUGAUUGGAGAAAUGAUUAGAAGAAUGGUAUUAUUAGGAGUUCCGAGAAGCUACCAACAUAUGUCACCUAUUAGCUUUGAGUGGGUUUUGGGUUUGAGCUUGUUAAAAUAUAGGACCUUGCAGUUCGAGGAUGGUAGAGCUUCAGAAACAGACAAAGGUGAUCGCGUAGCAGGUUGAUCAAGCUGUACAAAAAGAAAAUGGAUAACAAUUACCAAUCGACAGCAGCAAAUCGUUGACUACGUUGUUUUACGAACAGUUACGAAACGAUUUAAACACAAAACGGCAAAUGAGUUGGUAGGAACGAUCGUGCUCCAGAACACAACUGGAAUCAAUAAAAUAAUACAAAACAGUGA